CCGCCCGGAAGCUGCCGCGGGGGCCGCCGGGAGAGGGAAGAAGCCGGAAGUAAACAGUGCGCGUCUUGGGUUUGUUUCUCUGCGAUUUUCGGUCGCCGGCGGCGGGUCCAGGAGGUCAGAUCACCAUGGCAGCUGCUGCUGUGGAUGCAGCUAACGCUGCUCCACUGUCAGGAUCCAAAGAAAUGAGUUUGGAGGAACCAAAGAAAAUGACGAGAGAGGACUGGAGAAAGAAGAAGGAGCUGGAAGAACAACGGAAACUGGGUAAUGCUCCUGCCGAAGUUGAUGAAGAAGGGAAAGACAUCAACCCUCAUAUUCCUCAGUAUAUAUCUUCUGUACCAUGGUACAUUGAUCCAUCAAAAAGACCUACUUUAAAGCACCAGAGACCACAGCCAGAGAAACAGAAGCAGUAUAGCUCGUCUGGAGAAUGGUACAAGAGGGGUGUCAAAGAGAAUUCCAUAACUACCAAAUACCGCAAGGGAGCGUGUGAAAACUGUGGGGCCAUGACACACCAAAAAAAAGACUGCUUUGAGAGACCGAGGCGAGUUGGAGCAAAAUUUACAGGGACUAAUAUAGCUCCAGAUGAACAUAUUCAGCCUCAGUUGAUGUUUGAUUAUGAUGGGAAGCGGGAUCGGUGGAAUGGCUACAAUCCAGAGGAGCACAUGAAAAUUGUAGAAGAAUAUGCCAAAGUGGAUCUGGCAAAGCGAACACUGAAAGCCCAAAAACUCCAAGAAGAAUUAGCCUCGGGAAAACUAGUGGAACAGGCUAAUUCUCCAAAACACCAGUGGGGAGAAGAGGAACCAAAUUCUCAGGCGGAAAAGGAUCAUAACAGUGAAGAUGAGGAUGAAGAUAAAUAUGCAGAUGACAUCGACAUGCCUGGACAGAACUUUGAUUCCAAGAGACGGAUCACUGUCCGGAAUCUCAGGAUUCGAGAAGAUAUAGCAAAAUAUUUGCGGAACUUAGAUCCAAAUUCUGCUUACUAUGAUCCCAAAACCAGAGCAAUGAGAGAGAAUCCCUAUGCUAACGCAGGAAAAAAUCCAGACGAAGUGAGCUAUGCAGGUGACAACUUCGUCAGAUACACGGGUGAUACCAUUUCAAUGGCUCAAACACAGUUGUUCGCUUGGGAAGCCUAUGACAAAGGAUCGGAAGUGCAUCUACAAGCUGAUCCCACGAAACUCGAACUGUUGUAUAAGUCCUUCAAAGUCAAGAAAGAAGACUUCAAAGAGCAGCAGAAAGAAAGCAUCUUAGAAAAGUAUGGCGGCCAAGAACACCUGGAUGCCCCUCCGGCAGAACUGCUCUUAGCUCAGACCGAAGACUAUGUGGAAUACUCAAGACACGGGACCGUCAUCAAAGGGCAGGAGCGGGCUGUGGCCUGCUCCAAGUACGAGGAGGACGUGAAGAUCCACAACCACACACAUAUUUGGGGAUCAUACUGGAAAGAUGGCCGAUGGGGAUACAAGUGUUGUCACUCCUUUUUCAAGUAUUCCUACUGUACUGGAGAGGCUGGGAAGGAGGUUGCUAAUUCUGAGGAAUGUAUUCUAAAUGAUACAACUGAAGAAGAGUCCGUGAAAAAGCCUCAAACCCUUAUGGAGAUACAUCAGGAAAAACUAAAAGAAGAGAAAAAGAAGAAAAAGAAGAAGAAGAAGCAUCGAAAGAGUAGCUCAGAUAGUGAUGAUGAAGAAAAGAAACAUGAAAAACUGAAGAAGGCACUGAAUGCCGAGGAGGCCCGCCUUCUUCAUGUCAAGGAGAUCAUGCAGAUUGAUGAGAGGAAGCGGCCGUACAAUAGUAUCUAUGAAACCCGGGAGCCCACGGAGGAAGAAAUGGAGGCGUACAGAAUGAAACGCCAGAGGCCAGACGACCCUAUGGCCUCCUUCUUAGGACAGUAGAGACCAGUCACAGACAUCACCCAGAUCCGCAGUGAACUCACUCUUCUCGGCUUCUUGCCGGAGAUGGGAAACGGAAAAAAUCGUGUCUGUUUUUCAUGCUGCCUGACUUAAAUAAUAAAACUUCCAGAGGUUGCAUAGUAAAUUCAUUCCUCUCCACAGUGACGAAACAAAGAAGAAAAGAUGAGGUACAUUAAGACGGCGUGUGUGUGUAGUACGCAGACCGGACCCAGGGCCUCGAGCGGGCGAGGCAGGUUCUCCUGCUGAGCCACAUCCCUGACCACUUGAGAUAAUAUUCCGCUUCCAGUUUUACAUUUGUGACGUAAGAAGCUCUUGCUCUGCCUACCAAGAAUACCUUCUCAGUGUUUAUUAGGUCUCUUAAUUUUUACUUUUUCUUAACUGUGCCCUUAAUUUUUAUAGAGCCUUUUAGUGUUAUCAGACAUUUUGAAGGAGGAUCUUUUUUUUUUUCUCAAUCAGCGCUUUUAAUUAAUUAAAAAUUUGUUUGUUAGUUUGCCUUCUAGGCUUUUUCUGAUCUGAAGCUAAGAACAAAUUAUUCUGUCUCGAGCUUUGGGUCAUUGAAAGGAAAUCCUUAGGACAUGAAUAAUUUUAUCGUCCUAUGUCACUCUAUGAUAAUAACUUUUCUGCUUAUGCAACUUUGAGUUUUAAAAUUCUGUGGACUGCACACUGAGAAUGAAAUGUUAGCCUUUAAAUGGAAACGAUCACUACAUUGUCAUCCUGGAGUCAAUGUGUACUUGGUCUUUGGCCAUCUGAGUGAGCCUCUAGACAGAAAUUCUGUCCUUUAUCUGGAAGGAUACAGUUUGUCAUGCUUUUUGUUCGGAAUAAUUGUUGGACCAGGGAAAUGACUGAUGUGCAUGCCUGGUAUAAUCCUCAGCCUCCCUAGUACCCCUGGGAGACCCCCUCAAAAAAAUGUAUUGUCCAUAUGUAAUAAUUGUGAAUAUUAAAUUAGCUUUUAAAA